AUGCCGCCGCAUCCCGGCUCGCAAUGCCGUGGCACGGGGCCGGGCCGCCGAGGCUCGGCCUCCUCACAGGGCUUCGCACAAGAUGGCGGCACUAGGCGCCGGGCGAGGCCCGGAGCACCGCUCUGCGAGGCCGGGACGUGGCCGCGGCCCCGGGCUGCUCGGAGAGCCCGGCCGGGAGGCGACGGACCCACGGACACCGCGCUCCGCGCGGCGGAGCUGCCCCGCAGCCGCACAAUGGCGGCGCCGCACGGCCCCAAGAUGGCGGCGUCGGGAGGGGCCGUCCCCGCCGCCCGCUGCCGCCGCACUGCGCCUGCGCGGCCCGCUCUCCUUUCUGCGCGUGCGCGUCGCCGCCGCUUCGCGCCCCUGUCUGCCGGUCCGGUGGGCCGCUCCACGCGGGCGGAGGGGAGGAGCUCCCGGCGGUUCACCGCUCCCCGUCCGUUCCGCCGCAGGGACGGGGCCCGGCGAGGCGGUCCCGAGGGGUUUCGCACCGCGCCGCCCGCCCUCCGCUCCUCGCGGGGCGCGGGGAAGCGGCAGCGGUGCGGGGAGCGGUGCACGUUACGUAACCCUCCCCCCUUCGCCUUGCGCGCGUGGUUUCUUCGCGGCGCGCUCGACUCACGCCAUUGGCCGGGAGCCGCGGGUGGGCGGGGCGGCGAGGGUAUAAAUAGGGGCGGGGCGGCGGGUGCCGCGCUCAGUCUGCCGCUUCCUCGCCGCGCGUCGCCGCACUUCGCCCUCCGCUCCGCCCGCGCCCGCCGCCCCGCCGCCAUGAACGGGCAACUGAACGGCUUCCACGAGGUGUUCAUCGAGGAGGGCACCUUUCUCUUCACCUCCGAGUCCGUGGGCGAGGGGCACCCAGUUUGACUACAAGACGUGCAACGUGCUGGUGGCUCUGGAGCAGCAGUCCCCGGACAUCGCGCAGGGCGUGCACCUGGACCGCAGCGAGGAGGACAUCGGCGCCGGGGACCAGGGGCUGAUGUUCGGUUACGCCACGGACGAGACCGAGGAGUGCAUGCCGCUGACCAUCGUGCUGGCGCACAAGCUGAACGCCAAGCUGGCCGAGCUGCGCCGCAACGGGACCCUGCCCUGGCUGCGCCCCGACUCCAAGACGCAGGUGACGGUGCAGUACAUGCAGGACCGCGGCGCCGUCAUCCCCAUCCGCGUGCACACCAUCGUCAUCUCGGUGCAGCACGACGAGGAGGUGUGCGUGGACGAGAUGCGCGACGCGCUGAAGGAGAAGGUGAUCAAGGCCGUGGUGCCCGCCAAGUACCUGGACGACGACACCAUCUACCACCUGCAGCCCAGCGGCCGCUUCGUCAUCGGCGGCCCCCAGGGGGACGCCGGCCUGACGGGCCGCAAGAUCAUCGUGGACACGUACGGGGGCUGGGGGGCGCACGGCGGCGGGGCCUUCUCCGGGAAGGACUACACCAAGGUGGAUCGCUCGGCCGCCUACGCCGCGCGCUGGGUCGCCAAGUCGCUGAUCAAGGCCGGGCUGUGCCGCCGCGUGCUGGUGCAGGUCUCCUACGCCAUCGGCGUCUCCCACCCGCUCUCCAUCUCCAUCUUCCACUACGGCACGUCGCAGAAGAGCGAGCGGGAGCUGCUGGACAUCGUCAAGAAGAACUUCGACCUGCGCCCGGGGGUCAUCGUCAG